GGGUUCGCCGGGAAGAUGACAAACAACACGGGACCGGACGUGACAAUGUACACGGUCACGGACCCGAGCGAUGAUGCGUUGAACCCGAAGCCCGGAACGCUUAGAUUCGCGAUGACCCGUUUGAAAGGCAAAGUUUGGAUCGAUUUUGAAAGGGAUAUGGAGAUCAUGCUUGUGAGACCUCUUCUUGUUAAGAGCCACACCACCAUUGAUGGUAGAGGGGCCGAGGUUCACAUUGCCAAGGGCGCCUGCCUUUUACUUCGAAGGGUGAGCGAUGUGAUAAUCCACGGGCUAAAGAUCCACGAUUGCAAGGCCCAGCCGGCGGGCGAGGCGAUGGGCCCGGACGGCCAGAUCGUGCGGCUAGGCCCAGUCGACGGGGACGCCAUCCGAAUGGUGACAUCCUCAAGAAUUUGGAUCGAUCACAACACAUUGUACGAUUGCGAGGACGGGUUGAUUGACGUCACGAGAGGCUCCACGGACAUCACCAUUUCUAACAACUGGUUCAGGUUCCAAAACAAGGUUAUGCUGUUAGGACACAACGACGGGUUCCGGAGGGACACGGGGAUGAAGGUCACCGUAGUCUUCAACCACUUCGGCCCUCAAUGCCGGCAGCGAAUGCCGAGGAUUCGAUUCGGAUACGCACAUGUUGUCAACAAUUUGUACCUCGGAUGGGGCUUAUACGCCAUGGGAGGGAGCAUGGACCCGAGCAUAAAGAGCGAGGCUAACUUGUUUAUUGCGCGCGGAGAAAGAAAAGAGAUCAUGUGGAACAUGUGCUUGACGUGCAAUUUCCGAUCGGUAAACGAUGUGUUUGAAAACGGGGCAUUGUUUACAGAUUCGUCAGAUGUGGAUACCGGAAUGAAGCCCGAGUACGGACCUCACCAGGUAUUUGAAGUCGCCGACGGGAAGACCGUUAGGGCGCUCACCAAGUCUUCCGGCGCGUUGAAAUGUCCUAAAACAUCGCCAUCCCUGUGCUGA